AUGACUUCACCAGGUAUAACAAACAGUGAUGGUGAUGAUGGUGGUAAUGAAGUGAGGAUUGUGCUGCUGGGAAAGACGGGUGUUGGGAAAAGUGCAACGGGAAACACAAUACUGAGAAGAGAAGCUUUUAAAUCAAAAGUUGCUCCAUGCUCAGAGACCAGAGAGUGUCAGAAAGAAAUGACUGAGUUCAACAGAAGACGGAUAACUGUGAUCGACACUCCAGGCCUGUUUGAUACUGGAGUUGAUAAUGUUGAGACCAGGAAGGAGAUUGUGAAGUGUGUUUCAAUGGCAGCACCUGGACCACAUGUGUUUCUGCUGGUGAUUCAACUGGGACGAUUCACUCAAGAGGAGAUAGAUGCAGUGAAGAUGAUCCAGGACAUGUUUGGAGACAAAUCCAGAAUGUAUACCAUGGUGCUCUUCACCAGAGGAGAUGAUCUUAGAGGAAAAAGAAUUCAAGAAUUUAUUGAAGAUGACGAAAACUUACAGUACCUCAUCCAUCAGUGUGGAAAGAGAUACCAUGUGUUCAAUAACAAAGACACUAAAGAUCAGACGCAGGUUUCUGAGCUGCUGGAUAAGAUUGACUGUAUGGUAGCAGUAAAUGGAGGGAGUUUCUACACCAAUGAGACAUUCCAGCAGGUGGAGAAGAACAUCAGAGAGGAACAAGAGAGAAUCAUGAAAGAGAAAGAAGAGGAGAUCAAGAGAAGAGAAGAAGAGCUGAAAGCCAAAUAUGAAGAUGAAAAAGAACUAAUGAAAAAAGAAAAGGAGAGAGAAAAACAAGAGAUGCAGAAUGAACUGAGAAAAAGUGAGGAAGAAUUCAAAAAGAGAGAAGAAGAGAUCAAGAAAGAAACAGAUGAAAAUCUACGAAAAGAGCUACAGAGAAAACUGGAGGAGAAACAGAAACUACAUGAAGAAGAAAAUAAAAUAGAAGAAAAGGCUUUGGGAGAACAACAACUAAACUUCAUAAAAUACCUGGAAGAAAAACAUAAGAAAGAAAAACAAAAACUCAGGGAGAAAAAUCAGCGUGAAACAAGGGAACAAGCAGAGCGUGAAUAUCUCAUAAAACUUGAGAGAGAAGUAGAUAAUGCUUUACAAGAGUACAACAGAGAAAACACUGAAGCUUUUCACGAUGAACAAGUACAACCCUCUUGUGACUAUAGUUUCUACACCAAUGAGAUGUUACAGCAGAUGGUAACGAACAUCAGAGAGAGACAGGAGAGAAUCAUAAAAGAGAAAGAAGAAGAGACCAUGAGAAGAGAAGAAGAGCUGACAGCCAAAUAUGAAGCAGAAAUAGAAGAAAUGAAGAAAAAAAAUGAGAGAGAAAGACAAGAGAUGCAGAAUGAACUGAGAAAAAUUGAAGACAAAUUAAUAAAUAAAGAAAAAGAGAUAAAGGAAGAAAAAGAUGAAAAGCUACAAAAAGAGCUGCAGAGAAAACUAGAGGAACAGAAGAAACUAUAUGAAGAGGAGAAGGAAAACAGGAAGAAAAACAUGGAAGAAAAACAUCAGGAGAGCAUUCUACUUGGAACAAGGGAACUAACAAAAGAAGAGGCAUUGCAGAAAUGUUUACUAGAAAUAGGAGACAGCCUUGACGGUUACCUUGAACUACAAUCAUUAUUGGAACAAGUUCAUGGCUGUCGGCACUAUAGAGAUUUUAUUGGAGCAGCUGCUGGACGUGUUGUUGGAUCUUUUCAAAACAUUGUGUAUUGGAUUAUCGGCUCACGUUCUCAACGUUAA